AUGGUUUUCCUUCAAAUCAUGGCAGUGGUUCAUUCUCUUUUAAACGCCAUCGGUCUCUCUGGAAAUUUACUGGUGAUAGCCACGGUCGUCUUGGAGAAAAAACUUCAUGUGAUGCGUUAUAUUUAUCUCGCCAGCCUAGCAGUUUCAGACGCGCUCUGCUUAAUCCUGGUCAACUCUCCCCGAAUAACAAGUACAGCAAUAGAAAGAUGGCCGUUUGGCGAGACUCUGUGUUAUCUCAAUCCCUUCUUUGGGAGAUGCUUAUAUCUAAAUACACUUCUUCAUCUGAUAGCUGUAUCUUAUGAGCGAUACAAGGCCAUUGUCAAAUCUCCUUUGACAUACAAUGGUAAGAUAACUAAGUGCAGGGUGCUGUCUCUGGCUCUCAUCUGGCUGAUGCCGGUACCAUUCUCCGUUGGUCCGUUACUCGGUUGGGGAGAGUUACUAUAUACAUAUAACCCUGAGGUGUUCGUCUGCGAACAUAGAUGGUCCGUAAACAACACCACUUCCAAAAUACUCAUCAGUGUUUUCGCCGUGACUUCUUUUCUCUCGCCCUUUCUCGUGAUCUUUUUUCUGAACCGAUCAGUUUUAAAGACGGCAAACAAUUUGCACGCAAACGCAAUAGCUGCGGUCCAGUUAGGAUGUUUUUCAGAUUCCGAAAGCCAACCGCGAAAUGCAGCAAGGAGAUUUAACGAGCGGAAGGCAGCUGUUGAUGUUACCAUUAUCAUCUCGGCUUUUCUGGUUUGUUAUGUUCCUUACUGGUUCGCUGGUCUAUAUCGUCUUCACAUCGAGAGCAGCAAAUUUCCAGCUGAGGCAAUAAUUGUGGUGAACUGUAUCUUUUUAGCUAACACUGGGUGUAACCCCAUAAUUUACUCCAUCCGUAAGAGGGAUUUUCGAGCCGGAGUAAAAAAUAUCUGGGGGCGGAUUUGUGAAAUGUGCAGAGCCUGCUUGAAUGACAUCAGGGAAACAGAGGUUAUUACUGACAAUUUCAGAUCUCUUUUCAUUUUCCGGGGUGAAGUUUUCACUGUAAGAACAACCGCCGCACCUGCGUUA